GUUCGUCUGACCCACGUUGUAAGUAUAAGUCUAGCUUUAAAUUUCCUUGCCGUUUUUGUUUGCUUGUUUGAUACUUUUAGUACCGAUUCUUAUCAUUUUUUUGUUUUUAAACAAAAAAGGGUCACAUUUCUGAUUAUCAUGGAUACAAACGAAGAUAUGAACAUAUUGCUCCGUUGCACUUUGGGACUAUYGAUGAUAUUCGAAAGCAGAUUGGAAGAACGCUGGUUGAAAAUAGUGGAGACAACGAAGAAAAUGACGAAGACAUUAUCAAAGAAAACGCGGACUAUGAGAGAGCGAUAAAGGAACAUGAAUUAUUGGCCGAAAAGGAGAGAUCUGUUCGGGCGAAAGUCAAAAAUGAAAGUAAUCAGGAAGCGCGGCAAAAAUCGAAGGAAGAGGUUCAAAAUAGUAUGUCGGUUAUGUUUUCUCUGCCAACGAACGCUCCCRAUGCUAUGAUCUCAUUAUCAACGAAAGAUUCGGCGCACGAUAGAAUCAACAACAUUUUUGAUUUCGAUGAAUCAGAGCUGCAACCACCGGCUAAAUUUAAAUUCUUCGACGAAGAAGAUUCUAUCUUAUUCAACGUUGACGAAAACAGCAAAGAUGAUAGUCGCACAAGGAGAAGUAGGUCUGCUCAAAUGGUAGCGCAGAAGAAAACUUCAAUUCAGAUACUCAACCAAAUGCUUCAUUCCCUUGACUUCAUUGAGAAAUAYAAUCGCAAGCCGAAAGAGGUGACUAAAUUGAGGAAUGAAAAAAGGGAAGAAGUGGUUGCUAUAGAAAGUAAAACUGAGACUGAAAAAACUACAGUGGCGUUUACUAUGGAAAACGUGGAGUCUAGUGAAAAUUCUAACGAGGAGCACGAAGGCGAUUUCAGUGCCAAGAAAUGUGAAAGAACGGCAAAAUGUGACCGGCGUGAAUCCUCUGACGAAAAUACAGACCCUGUCGAGUUUAAGCCUUUGUUUGUACCUUUGACUCCAACUGCACACCUGGAAAAUUACAAGGCACUUCAGAAACAAUAUUCGUGUUUUCGUCCGCUGAAGGCAAAAGGUGAUAUUGAGGGAGUGAUAGACGAGAUUCGCUCAAUUUUAAAUGAAGACGACUUGCUCUAUGAGUAUCUAAAACAAAAAGAAUUUGUUUUGGAAGAAAAAGAACUUUCAAGGUGUAUUCGGGGAUAUUCGAAUAAAGCAGAUCAGGAGAAAAUCGAGAAAAAAAACUUCGAAGAGGAACAGAAACUCCGGCAGCACGAGUUCGAAUACUACCAUCAGCACAAAUUCAAGAAAAAUACACCAGAGAAUAUUGAAUGGAAGAAAAUGUUUACGAGACGCAUUCGUUAUGUUGGAUCAAAUGCACCAUUGCCGACGAGCUUCGAAAGGUGCAGGUUGAAACCAAGAUGCUUAAUUUGUGACCCAAUCCUUCGAGAUAAAUCUCCCGAUGAGAGUGUCAUUUAUUUUCCUGGCUUUAGGCAAGUGAAAGAAGACAUUUAUAUCCCYUGUGCCAUUGAUUCAAGCAAAGAGUCAACGGUGAGGAGGAACACAAGUUACAAGCGUCGGGUAAAGCUAGCUUCUUCACUAAAAUUGCUGGAACUCUUUCAUACAUUUGAGUUUAUCCGGGAUUACAACAACGGCAUGAUUGUGUCGAGGAAGAAGAGAAGAAAAAAAGUAKUUUUUUGACUGGAAAUUUAGAAUGACGAACACUUCAUACCCAUAAAAGAAUGUCAUACUA